AUGUCGACCGCGUUCGUGGUGCAGCUCUGGGGCUCCUGCGCUCUGGCUUCCAACGGCUCCACCUCCAGCUUCACGCUGCGCUUCAACGGGGCCCCCCUGGUGUGCUCGGAGCCCGCCGGGGCCCUCCCGCCCGUGCCCUGCGCCGCGGGGCUGCUCCAAGGCGUCGCCACGGCCCUGGCGACGGCGCUGGGCCAGGACAGCACCUGGAUGCAGAGGACGCAGGAGCAGGAGCGUACCUGCGCCAGCCUCAGCCUCCCCAGCGCCCUGCGCAGCGUGCCCCCCCAGGCCCGUGUCACCUCCUCGGCCUCCAGUGAUGCCGUUGUCCCCGUGCUCCUCACGUGCCACGUUUGGGGCUUCUACCCCCCCGAUGUCACCGUCCUCUGGCUGCACAACGGGGACAUCGUGAACCCUGGUGACAAGUCCCCCUCCCUGGUCCCCAACGGGGACCUGACCUACCAGACCCAGCUCACCCUGAUGGUGGCCCCGGCACAUGGGGACACCUUCACGUGCUCCGUGCAACACCCCAGCCUGGAGCAGCCCCUCCUGGUGGAUUGGGGUCCCGGUUUGUCCCCUGAGCUGACGGUGAAGGUGGUGGCGGCCGCCCUGGUGCUCGUUUUGGGGCUCAGCAUCUUCGCCGUCGGGGUCCAUCAUUAUCGCGACCGGUCCCGGGCACCGGGUUACACCCCCCUCGCUGGCGACACCCACCCCACAGGUAACGCUACAUCCACCCUGCCCCCCCCAUAG